AUGACCAUGCUCAAGCUGUCCCUCAUGGCCUUCAGCUUCGUUUUCUGGGCAGCGGGGCUGACCAUGCUCGUCAUCGGCCUCUGGGCCAAGGUGUCUCUGGGGAGCUACCUGGUGCUGUCGGCCAACGACUACCCCAGCGCCCCCGCCAUCCUCUUGGCCACCGGCGCCGCCGUCAUCAUCUGGGGUUUCCUGGGCUGCUUCGGUGCCGCCACGGAGCACCGGGGCCUCCUGCGCGCCUACAGCACCUUCCUGACCGUCGUGCUGGCGGCCGGGCUGACGGCGGGGCUCUCGGCGCUCCUCUACCGCCAGAACAUCGCGCAGGGUUUCAAGGAAGGGCUGCACCAAGCCCUGCUCGCCUACGGGGAAGACGAGGCGAUGUCGGACGCCCUGGACGCUGUGCAGCGCACCUUGUCCUGCUGCGGUGUGGUGAGCUACCGCGACUGGCUCACCUCGCCCUGGGGGCUGGAGCAGAACGGCUCGGUGCCCCUCAGCUGCUGCCGGGCCCGCCGGGGCUGCCAGCGCAGCCCGCCCGCCGCACACGGGCUGCACCGCGAUGGCUGCUUCAGCAAGGUGUCUGCCUUCGUCAGCAGCAACAUGUUUUAUGUUGCCACAGCUGCCCUGGGCUUGGCACUGCUGCAGCUCAUCGGCAUUGUGCUGUCCUGCCUGCUGUCUGCCCGCAUCCCUGCCCACCUGCUGGCCAUCGCCACCCCUCGCUGA